GUUUAUUUUUAGACGCAUAUCCGCUGGAUAGCGAUUUAUCCAUAUUGGACUGGACAGAGUUAUUUUAGAACACAAGCCGCACCCAGGCCGCGCCCGGAUCGGUUAAAACAAGAAGGCGACAUAGGCGAUCGAGUUAGGAAUUCGCUCGCUGUGAGAAUGCCUUGUUUUUCCACAGUUGCAGAGUGGCAGACGUUUCCUCCCGACUCAUCGUUAGAAAAAGUGAACCAAUAUCGUCAAUAAUUUGAUUGAUCCGAACAAAAUGUUGUCUAACUGCGCUUGGCGGCCGCUUCGCCGAUGUCUCCCUGAUACAAAUCAUCCGACAUGUUUUAAUUAUCUGCCUACUCGUUUACUUGCGUUUUCUCGUUCACUUUGCAUCGCCCAUUCAAUGGAAGCAUGGACUAUUGACGGAUAUGGUUCCAACGAUGUUUUAGAACUGAGCAAUGUACCGUUGCCCAAGCUUCAAAAAUCAACAGAUGUUUUAAUUCGUGUACGCGCAGCAUCUGUGAAUCCAAUAGACUACAGAAUGAGGAGUGGUUAUGGUCAGACUUUAUUGAAUUUGUGGCGUAAGGCCGAAAAGGUGGACGAAUUUCCACUGAUUUUAGGAAGAGAUUUUUCCGGAGAAGUGGUGAAAACAGGAAGGCUAGUCAGAAGAUUUGAAAAAGGGGAUGAGGUAGAAUUUUUACACAAUUAACUUCUCUUAAUCUACGAAGCGGCUAGGUUGCUUAAAUAUGUUGACUGUGAAAUAAGCAGUGCACGACGUUCUAAUGGUGAGACUAUAAAACGUCUCAUGUUUAUUAAAACGCCAUUUAUUUUGGCUGUGAUGCCAUCUUCAGAAGUUUGAAAUCAGAAUCGAGCUGAGUUGUUUAUUGAAAUAUACUUACUACAAAGUUUAAAUUAAGAUAUGAGAUGAUUGUUAGAGGCACCUCAAGUAUUACCAACGAGAAGAAGAGGAUGUUAAAGUUUCAAAUUGAUUGGUAUAUAUCAAAACAUUUUAUCUUUUAUCUUAGAAGGAUGCAGAUUUUGUUCAGAAGUUAAAACUAUUUAUUUGUUCUUCUCCACGUUCUCUAAGGUUUGGGGAACCCCAAGUGUAAUUUCUGGAGGGACACACGCCGAGGUUGUAGUUGCCAGCCAAGAUGAGGUAAUUUGAUUUAGUUUAGUAUCGAAAACACUGAUAAAGUAUAGAUCAAUUUGUUGCUGUGGGUACUAAAGACAUUCUUUUUUUCUGUCUUGGAAUACUGAACAGUAGAUCUCGAUAAAACCCUCAAUAUGGACCCACCAAGAAGCAGCAUCUCUUCCAUAUGUAGCAUGCACAGUGUGGACAGCUCUGAUUAGCAGAGCAGGCCUUAAACCAAAUGAGUGCCACAAGAAACGGCAAGUAAAUCAUCAUAAGCAGAGAUAUGAUCUUUGCAGGUGGACUGCAAUUUAAGCAAUUGCUGAAAAGAAGCUUUAAAAAAUUGUUUGGCAAAUUUGGUUCACUCUAAGCCCUGUGCAUCGUAGCUCAGGCGGUAGUAGUGUCAAGCUAGUAUCUGGGCAGGGGUUUUGAAUCCAGUCUUUUCUGCAAUUGCUUGAGUUGCCUCCCACAGGCAAGAGUCAUCUCUUUGCUUGAUUUUCAUGUGCUGUUCAAAUGAAAUUUGUUUCAUAAAAAAAAUUGUAAAACAUCUUAGAUGGGCUGGUCAAGUUAGAUAGUAACCUCAUGUUUUUACAUUGCCCAGGACAGCAAACUAUAUGAUAUAGUUGUGUCAGAGGUAUCGCCCUGAAUAGUAAUACUCUAUGACUAUGAGUGACCUUUAAAAGUUUUCAAAAUGUUUUAGGGGUACAUUGCUGUGUGCUUUUUGUUAAUAAAUAAUCCCUUAAAAUAUAGAUAUGUACUGUCAAUACACUUCUCCUAGGGAAAGUGGAAUGGUGUGUUUAGACAUGGAGGAUUACACAGAAACUUGGUUUAAAUUUCUUGUAUUUUUUCUUAGAUAGGGGAAAAUAAUGUCAUUUUUCCCUUUUUUUCCACAGUGUUCUUGUACUUGGUGGUUCAGGUGGAAUAGGAGGCUUUGCUAUUCAGGUAGUACUGGGUUGUACUGAAUCUUGUCAAAUUUUAUGUUAACAAUGCUCAGAGGACAGUUGCAGAACAUGUACACACUGAAGAGGGCUUUACUUUCUUCCUUUCUUGUAGCUGUUAAAGGCUUGGGGAGCAUAUGUUGUUAGUACUUGUUCCAGUGAUGCUGUUGAACUCGUGGCUGGUCUUGGAGCAGAUCAUGUAGUUGAUUAUACUGCAUCUAACUUGGAAGAUGAACUGAAAACAGCUGGGAGGUAAGAGCUUGAUGUGUGCAUUGUGUUGCUCAAGAUAUUUUUCUUUUUUUUUUCCUCUAAUUUAUGAAAAGAGUGAUAUGGACAUGAAUUUUUAUUGGGUUUGAAACAGUAGAAUGUAAAAGAAUGAAGUACAAUGCAGAAUUGAUAGAAUGAGAUUCCAUAAGAUGGUGGACUAGUGAAAUUUGGGACAUUGAUUUAGCUACCUCAUCACUGGGGCAAACAUAGAUGACAUCAUUGCUAAGCUACAUGCUCAUGGGUACUUAUUGUUUACAAAGACCAGGAGUUUGAGGAUCAAAACAUGUCUGUUGAACUCACUGAAACAAAAAUUAAUUGAAAGUGUUCAUUUAGCCAGUGAUACACAUUAACUAAAGUUACAAAACAUUCCAUAACAGAGUGAAGUGAUUUAAAAUUUCUGCUUGUUUGUUUUAAUAAGAUGCAUCGACAUUCUCUUGAUAUUUAUGUCAGUUUCCAUUUUGGAAUUGGAGUAUAAGCCUAAAGAUAAACAAAUCUUUACUCCUAUAUGAUUAUCAGUUGUGUUCUUGUAGUCUAUUCACUUACAAUACUCCUUUCAGCAACAUCUCUUAUGUAGUGGUCUCUCUUAGGACUUAGUUACUCGUGACUUAAAGCUAUUUACAGAAUUUUGUUGAACAUAAAGUGUUCCAUUCUAAGUGCAGUUCAUAAUAUUCCAUGGUUAUUCGUCUUUUUCAUGUGAAUUUCCUCAUUUUGUUGUCAGCUUUGAUGUAGUUCUUGAUCCUUUUGGAGGAGAUUUGAGCAGGCAGUAUGCCAGACUGUUAUCAAAAUGGAAAGGGUCAAUUUUUGUGACAUUGGCCCCACCUGUCCUGAACAAUACUGAUAAGCUAGGUGCUGGUCUAGGACUCCUGUCAGCUGGACAAAAUUUGGCAUCAACGGCCAUUCCAGAGGUAAAAUUGUGAAUGAUUUGCUAGUAGAGAAAAACUUAACCCUCAACUCCUUAGAACUGAUUGUCAAUUCUCCCCUCUAGCUGCUACACAUUUCCUUGUGAAUUAGUCAGGAGAAUUUGGUGUUAGAUCAAGAUCAUGUAAUAUGUUUGAGUAUUCUUGUUAUCUGUUUGCUGGAUGAUGUAUGGAUAUUAUAGGACGAAGUUACCUGUCAAUCACUUCUGACAAGUGUUCAACUGGUACAAAUUUUACAGCAAUUUUGGUCUAAAGUAUGUGAUUGGAAUUAAAGUUUUAGUCAUCAAUUUAUUUUUAUUUUGACAAUAGUGUUGUUAGCUUAAAGCUAUUACAGGGUGAUCUGAUUAUUUGGAACAUGAAACUGAAGGGAAAUGGUGUUCUGCUUAAGUGUUCAUCAGAUCUUUUUUAAUAGAGUUUUUUUUUUCACUGCAGGCACUAUGCAGUGGAAAUUUAGUUUCUUGGGGUUUCUUUAGUCCAAAUGGUCCUGCGCUUGAUCACAUCCGCUCUCUUUGUUUGUCUGGGAUGGUAUGUCAUUCAUAUUUAAUUCUACAUCCAUGGAAACUCGUUAGUUAUUUUCAUUUGAUCACAGGAUUUCAGAUGAAGGCUUGAUAAGGGUAUCUGUUAAUAGUAUUACUUACACAAAAAACCCAAGGGUUGUAAUCUUGCUUAACUCACUUCUAAUUAGGUCAAAACUAUUUUACUUGUGGAUUUACACAGCACAGGGAUGAGAAAUGUAAGGAUUUAAUGUGCAAAUAGGAGCCAUAAGAGUCUGGGGAGAGCAUGCAUCCUCUUAAAGGCAGUGGAUUGUUAAAUAAUGUUAACUCACUUUUUCAAUUUCAUAGUUCAGAAUACUAACCCACUGGCUACCCAAACCCUUGUUAGUCCCUAGCGGUUCAAUUCGGUUUCUUGGAAUCACAGGAUUAUUGGCUUUUAGUAUAAUCACUGUAUAUUUAAUGAGUUCACCACUGUGCCACUUUGACUAUUCUCAUUUCAUCAGGGAUUGUGGUGAGUUAGUUGUUUUAUUUGCAACCAGCUCAUAUCAGUACCUGCUAAAAUUUGAAUAAAUAUUCACUGGUGCAUGGAUAUUGAUUUAAUUUUACAACAUUGCACUAUUGGGUGGGAGGAACAGAACAUAAAGUUGACUAAUUCAUUUUUUUUUUCCAUUUCACAUGCCCAAGAUUAAGCCCAUAGUUCAAGAAGUGUUCCCAUUUUCAAAGACAAAAGAUGCCUAUGCAAAAUUAGAGGGUGGUCAUGCAAGAGGAAAGAUAGUUGUCAGUAUGGAUCCUGUUGAUGCAACAGUAGAAGAACCUUCAGUUUGAUUUUCAUGACUCUUCUGUUCUUAAGUUAUCAAAUAGGGUUUUACUGGCAAGGUGUUCAGAGACAAGUUAAUCAGUAAAUUAACUCAAAAAAGGACCACUUUUUUCCGCAAGUUUAAGAAGAGCCUACAUGCCUUACGAAACAAAUUCGAUUACUUAUGUUAUCAGAGAGUCGUGUUAUUCCCUUAAUGGGUUAUUUACUUUAGCAUCAUUGAAAAGAUGUUGUUUCCAUGACAAUCGUAUGUACAACAACAAAAAAAGAGAGAAAAGCUUGACACCCAACAGUUGGCCUGUGUGUGUUUGUGUGUGUUGGGAGGGGGAGGCGGAUGCGGAUAUAUGCA